AUGAGAGAAUUGGACUUCAGAAUCAUCAACAUCUAUAGUUAUUACCACCAAGUAUUGUACGUAAAAAAUCCUACAGAGAAGAAUAAUCAGAGGAAGAUAGGUAGUAACAUUAAAUUGAAAAACUUGUAG